AUGGAUGAAAAGGCCGCCCGCCAAAGCCGAGAGCAAUCGACAUCAGCGCCAGCCACGCUCGCCGCCGAACCGCCAUCCUCGGGUUCUAGUGCUUCCUCGGUGGCUCACAAGAGGGAAGCAACUUCUUCUCCAGUUGGAUUACCUCCUCAAAAGUCAUUCGAGUCUGGAGAUGAUGGCCAAAGCCGCGCUAUCCAUCCCGAUAUCGACCAUGAAGAGGCAGAAGCAGCGGAUCCUGGCCAUGAGCUUGAUGUCGAACUUGGCAGAGCGCACGACAUAGAAGACAUCAGGCGCAUCGAAACUCGUGGCAGCGUCAAAAGCAAGGUUUCCCGAGUUUUGAGCGUCGUCAGCCGCCGCAAGGCCAAGGAGCGUGAACGAAUCCCCUUCGCCCCCGUACCCGUCACCAAUCUUCACCAAGGCAUUGUCGGCUGGGAAGGUCAGGAUGACCCAUUGAUGCCGCUCAACUUUCCUAACCGCAAAAAAUACCUUAUCCUCUGCCUGCUUUCAGCCAUCACCCUGUUGACACCCUUCGCAUCGUCAAUUUUGGCCCCGGGUAUCACCUAUUUGAACCGAGAUUUUGAAAAUGACAACGAGAUUGUGGGCGCCAUGACAGUUAGCGUGUAUCUGCUUGGCUAUACCGUCGGCCCAUUGUUCCUGGCGCCGUUGAGUGAAAUAUAUGGGCGGAGGGUUGUUCUGAGUGCCGCAAACUGGUUCUUUUGCGCCUGGCAGAUUGGUUGCGCCUUGGCGCCGACGAUUGAGUCACUAAUAGUGUUUCGAUUCCUCGCUGGCGUGGGUGGUGCUGGAUGCUUGACACUCGGGGCAGGCAUCAUUGCCGACAUGUUCAGGACAGAUGAAAGAGGAUUCGCAAUAGGCAUUGUAACCUUGGGGCCUUUGAUCGGCCCAACUGUUGGCCCCGUCAUUGGUGGCUUCGUAUCUCAAACUAUCGGGUGGCGCUGGGAUUUCUGGAUCGUGCUGAUCAUAUCCGUCGUGGUAUGCGGGCUUACAGAGCUCUUCAACCAGGAAACGAACCCUCGCGUUUUGAUUGAGCGGAAGGUUAAGCGGCUCGCCUCGGAGUCGGGCCGGAAAGAUCUGAGGAGCUGUUUUGAGACCGGAGAGCAGAUGAGCCAGAAGCGUAUUCUUCUCAAUGGUCUUGUGCGGCCGACCAAAAUGCUCUUCCUGUCACCGCUCGUCUUUUUCGUCUCCAUUUACAUCGCCUUCACCUAUGGUACGCUGUAUCUGCUCUUCACCACUAUUCCCCUCGUGUUCCAGGAGACUUAUGGCUGGAGCAUCGGCAUAACGGGCCUCAUCUACAUUUGUCUGGGCAUUGGAAACAUGUGCGGAUGGGCGGUGGUCACGGCCACCUCAGACAAGGGUGUUGUUCGGCGUACCAAGCAGAACAACGGGGUGUUCGAACCAGAGAUGCGUCUUUCGCUGAGUAUAUGGGCCAGCACGUUGCUGCCCAUCACCUUCUUCUGGUACGGCUGGACGACACACUAUCACACGCACUGGAUCGUGCCAGUUAUUGCCCUAUUCCCUUUUUCGUUUGGAAUCAUUGGAAUCUUCAUCCCUCUGACGACAUACCUCAUCGACUGUUAUCCAAUAUACGCUGCAUCAGCCAUAGCAGCCAAUACCGUCGCCCGCAGCUUGGCCGGGAUGUUGCUUCCACUUGCCGGGCCAUCCAUGUACGAGAAUCUUGGAUUGGGUUGGGGCAAUUCAUUACUUGGGUUCAUCUGCAUUCUCAUGAUUCCCGUACCGCUAUUGCUCGGCAGGUAUGGGGCAAGGUUGAGAAAGAUGGGCCUCCAGUUGUAG